UUUUAUCGCGAUUCAACUUAUAUUAUUAUAUCUUUAUAUUAUAUUAUUUGUUGGCACGUUAAUCUUUCUCUUUUCAAUCAGACUUGUUGAAUUUUACACGAGGCAGUAAUAAUCCAGUUCGAAAUUCAACUUUCAUUACAUACAAGGUAGAAAUACGAUCUAGGUUAGAUUAGAUUAAAGUUAGGUUAGGAUUGAUAAGGUUAGGUUAGGUUAGAUUUACAUCUCAGGUAAGAGUAUUUAGGGUGAAUCAUUGAUAAUGAAAGUACUGGAACUCUAUAGCGGCAUUGGAGGAAUGCAUUAUGCACUCCGUGAAAGUGGAGUUGCAGCUGAAGUUGUUGCGGCAAUUGAUAUAAAUCCUGUUGCAAAUGCUGUGUAUCGUCACAACUUUCCAAAAACUAUUCUUAUGAAUAGAAAUAUCGAGUCCCUCAGCACACAGGAACUGGAGAAAUUGGAUUUUAAUGCUAUAUUUAUGAGUCCACCGUGUCAACCUUUCACCAGAUUAGGAUUAAAGAAGGAUGCUCUUGACAACAGAGCUUGUUCUUUGUUGCACAUUUUAAACUUGAUACCGGAAUUGAAAAGCUUGAGAUAUAUUUUACUCGAGAAUGUAAAAGGCUUUGAAGUAUCUCAAAUGAGAGAGAAAUUGGUACAUUGUAUGGAAACUUGUGGAUACGAUUAUAGAGAAUUAAUAUUAAGUCCAUGUCAAUUUGGUGUACCAAACAGUAGGAACAGAUAUUAUUUAUUAGCAAAGCGGAAGAGUUUGAAAUUUUCUUUCGUACAGCCCUCGCUAAAGGAUGAUCUGUCUUCUAAAUUAAUAAAGUUACUGCCAAAAAGCAAGCACUCUAUAUUAGCAGAAAAAAACGGCAAGAUUAAUAGCAAAUCUGGGAGAAUGUGCUACACAUUAGAUAAUAUUUUAGAAAACGUUGAAGAAUCUAAAUAUUUAUUGCCCACAAAAUUAUUACAAAAGAGAGCAUGGGUGUUAGAUAUACGAACGUCUGAGAACAGUGGUUCUUGUUGCUUUACCAAAGGAUAUGGUCAUUACGCAGAAGGUACUGGGUCUGUUUACUGUCCAUUUGCCGAUGAAACAAUUAAACUCAAAUAUGGCGAAGCUGGUAAUAGGGAGAAUAAUUCGGACGAACAAGUGCAAGUCUUAUUGGACUUGAAACUUAGAUUUUUCUCGCCCAAAGAAGUGUGUAGAUUAAUGUGUUUUCCAGAAGAUUUUGAUUUUCCAAAGGAUAUUACAAAUAGACAAAAGUACAGGUUGUUAGGAAAUUCAAUCAAUGUUCAUGUAAUUAGCAGAUUAAUACAUUUAUUACAUAUUGAAAAUAAAAAUACAUGAGAAUUACUAAAAUUGCA